GAAUGGAAGAGCUUUGCCAAUUCUAGUCAAAACCGACCACUUCCCAUCGGAUCAAACCCUCGCGUAGUUCGUUACUAAUACUCACCACCGCGUUCCGACGGGCUACGGCGGCGCCCACCGUCCUCGAAGGCAGUCUGACGGUCCGGCCACCCUAUCUCAUCAUCUCUGACCAUUCAAUUUGGAGAAUCUGGCGAAAUAAGUGAUUGAUUUUGUCGAACUUGCUACUUUUAUUGGCUGCUGAAAUGGUUAUUAUUUGCUACUUUGCAUUAAACGGUUUCGAUCACAAUUGAUACCCCAAAAUAGAAAUGUCUGAUCACAUACCUUUCGAGAUUCAAGUGGAAAUCAUCAAAAGGCUUCCUAUAAGAUCAUUGAUUCGGGUCAGAUCUGUUUCAAAAGCAUGGAAAUGUGUUAUCGAGUCUUCUGAUUUCAUUGCUGAGUACACCGUCCAUAACCAUGAUCAACCGCAACAUUUGCUUAUAAAGUACCACAAUGUGUACGGUGAGGAAACAUAUGAUUCGAUUGUAGAGGAUGAUACGUUCCCUCAAAACAAGGUUUCUCUUGCUGUUCCUUUGUCGGUUGACCUACUUUGGAAUUCAUAUGUCGUCGGUGCCUCUUGUGGAUUGGUUUGCUUGUUCGGUUUUUAUCGGUAUGACGAUGAUGCUGAAUAUCCUCCUGGAGAGGCGACGGCUGUUCUUUGGAAUCCUUCGAUUAGAAAAUCAGUUGCUAUCCCUGUACCUGAUGUGGAUGGAUAUGAUGAAGCGACUUUUGGUUUUGGGGUUUGCCCUGCAACUAGUGACCCUAAGAUUGUAAAGAUUACCGAAAGGAAGAUGAAAGAUGUAGCUUGUAGCAGCCGUUGGCAGGUUAAGGUUUUUAGUUUAAGCUCUGGGGUUUGGAGAAACUCAUUUGGUAAUCUGUCUGAUAGCUUAGCUGAUUUCAUGGGGCCUCGCUCCCAGGUAACCAUACGUGGUUUUUUUUACUGGUUUGGUGUUGGAGACGCCAUUGGUGGUGAUACUGGAUUUUGUUUUCUUAUUUCAUUUGAUUUGACAAGUGAAGAAUUUAGAGAGAUAUACCUCCCUAAUGAGUUAGCAUUUCAUGAUCCAACGGGGUUGCAUGUAUUCAACCUUUGUGAUUGUCUUGCUGUGCUUCAGGAGUGGUUAAUAGACGAUAUAAUUGAAGUGUGGAUGAUGGAAAAUGGUGAUUCAAAAUCGUUUACAAAGGUUUUCACCAUUGACAAACCAUCAUAUUGUUUAAGUCGGCCAUUGGAAUUUAGGUGGAACGGUGAACUUAUGAUGAGAAUGGAAAAUAACGCUGGAGAGUUUGAAGUGCUUAUAGAUUAUGACCCCUUCUCAGAACACAUCAAUGAUCUUGGGAUUGAAAGCCAAUGUCACACAUUAGCCGUGACCUCGUACACAGAAUCUUUAAUUCUGAUUAAUCAGUUAGAUACAGUAGUUGAUGACGAGGAUGAUGAAGAGGUGAGCGUUGAGCAAGGAAGAAGGGUAUAGAGAUCAAAGAGCAAUUACUUCAUGAUAUUUCAAACAGAUCCCAUUUCGUUAUUUAAAGUUACCCAUGCAGAUUCUAUGUUGAGGAAGUCCUUGCCCCAGAAUACUUGCAUAUGCUUGGAAUAGUACAUGGAGACCUUAAACUCACAAACAUAUUAGUUAGAGAAGAUGAGCACAGAUUUUGACCUUUCACUUUGGUGUUUAGUGAGUGAACCCAACUCUAGUCCAAACCUCGCAAGGAGCAAACUGGCAACAAAACAAAAAUAUCAGGGAGUAAAAUGGCUAUUUUUAAAGGUUUGGGGCAAAACCGUUAAAGUGACCAAAUCACAGGGAGCAAAACGGAAGUUUACUCAAGAAAUUAUGUUGGGAUUAAAGAACGAUGUUAUGGCGGCAACAACAAUGAAUGCAGUGGCGAGUGGUGUCAAUGUUUUAAGAUUUUUUUUAACGACUAAGGGGAUGUUUGUUUUAACGAGCUCUUAAUUGUUUAGACUUCUUACUAGUUUAAUAUUUAAUUUAAUGGUUUAGAUUGUUUCGUGAGCA